GCGGCAGAAAACGAAAGACGAGGAGCAGACAAGAGACAUCGCCCCAACGGCUUUGACAAGCCACACGAUUCUUCCCCGAUCACAUCUCCUCUCUCCACCUCCUCUUUUAUUCGAUUCUCUCGGAUAAUCUCGCCAUCCAAACAAUAUCCAUGUCUUAGAUUUCCAAAUAUCCAUACCUAUAAAUCCCUCUCACUUCGUCAAAAAAAUCCCAAAAUUCCCGCCAAAAUGGCGUUUUCUCCACCACCCAAGCCCCAAUUUCAAAGACCCACCUGAGAAUUCUCCUUAAAUGACAAUCUGUUUGUUUGGUCUAUCUGAUUUCCCUCGGCUUCGAUCCAAUAAGAAGAUGGAAAUGUCUUGAAAUUGGUGUCUUUGGGUUGAUUCGACAAUGUUGCCUGUUUGCUCUGCCACCCCAAGCAGUUCUUCUCACUCUCUGAUUUCUUUUCAUGUCGGGCCAAGAUCCCUUUUUCUGCCUCGUAAGUAUAUAGAGGACAGAUGCACUGUGGAAGAUAGGGUCUCUGUUGGCCUGCCGAAUGGGAUUCAUACACCAGAGGUUUCCUUCAAAACACACGCUAUGAAGUUUCUGUAUGCUAAUGCUGUCGAAAGAUCCGACCAAUCAGGUUCUUUGGAGUCUUCUAACAUGUAUCUGUACCGAAAUCAAUCAGACAAUAUCAUGCAUGGAUUUUCGAAUGAAUGCCUUUACAGAGAGCCACAAAAAAAGAGUUAUGCAAUGAGAGCAAUAAACGAAUCUUAUCCAAUAGAUGAUGAAAAAUUUGCAGAAGAUCCUAGCAUGUCUAGUGGGGGAGGCCUGGUGCUUGAUAGUCAAAAUAUGGCAGAACCAUCCAUGUCUUCAUAUGUAGAGUUACAGUCAGCUUCUCCUCCCAGCGGGGAUGGGCUUUCGGACCUUCAUGAUCAACUUAGCCUAAGUGAAAACCUCUCUGAAUCUGCAGCUUCUGAAUCUUUAUCAACCACUAAUACUACCACUGGAAUUCUCUCGGAGAAACCAACAUUGGUUCCUGAUACCCUUGAUGCAACUAACGACACACUGUCCAAGUUCAAAGAGAAUAUUGAGAAUUUCUUAUCUGGACUUACGGAAUCUGUGAAUGCUUCAGUUGGUAAGGCAGACAACACCCUGAAAAAUACAUCCAAUGCUAUCACUUCAUCGCUUGCGAAUGGACUCAAGAGCAUCACGGAGUCAUUCGAAAAUGCUGCCAGUGGUGUAUUUUCUUCUGUUGAUAACAGCAGUGAAGUAGCCGGUAAUAAAUUGUCGGGCUUCGCAAGUGAAUUUAAGGAAAACACCUAUAAGGCGGGUGUUGUUGCUACUGAUGUUCUAAGACGGGCAGUUGUUGCUGUGGAGGAUUCUUUAGCAAAUGCAGGGACGUUUGUUGUUUAUUCUUAUGGAUCUGUGAAGGCAUUGCUUCCAACGGAAGUUCAGGAUGUUCUAAAUCUGUCCGAAGAGAGAGCUAUAACAGUCCUGAGACCUGUUGGGACUGCUUUUCAACAGGUAUAUGUUGCCAUUGAAGGGUUGGAAAAGUAUCUUGGUUUCGACCCCAAUGACCCAAUUGUUCCGUUCAUUCUUUUCCUCGGGAGUUUCACCAUUUUAGGGACUUCAUAUUGGGUGUUCACUUAUGGCGGGUAUUCCGGAGAUUUGUCUCCUGAGUCGACUUUGGAGCUGCUGUCUGGGGAGGAGAACGUUGUGCUUAUUGAUGUCCGGCCUGAGGAUCUGAGGGAGAGAGAUGGUGUUCCAGAUCUUCGACGAGGAGCUCGGUAUAGAUAUGCUAGUGUUACUCUUCCUGAGGUUGAUGGUUCCCUAAGAAAGCUAUUGAAGAGGGGCAGAGAGGUUGAUGAUGCCUUAGUUGCAGUCAUCAUUCGAAACUUGAAAAUCAUUCAAGACAGGUCCAAGGUCAUAGUUAUGGAUGCAAGCGGUGCUCAGUCUAAGGGUAUUGCAAGAUCUUUGAGGAAACUUGGAGUUAAGAGACCUUACCUGGUUCAAGGUGGAUUUCGGUCUUGGGUGAAAGGUGGUCUCCGCAUUAAAGAGCUGAAACCCGAGACAACAUUGACUAUACUGAACGAGGAUGCCAAGGCAAUCCUCGAGGAUUUCAGACCCACUCCAGUAAAAGUUAUUGGAUAUGGUGCAGGUUUGGCUGCAGGCAUCUAUGCUCUACUAGAAUGGGAGAAAACUUUGCAAAUCCUUGGUCUUAUUGGCAUUGGGCAGACCAUUUAUCGACGGUUUGCUUCUUACGAGGGCUCUGAGGAUUUUAAGCAAGAUUUGAGGUUGUUGCUAGCUCCUGUUAGACUUGGAGCCCAGGCAUUUUCAUGGGCUGCUGGGAAAUUAGAACCAAACAAGAUCGGAUUGCCGAUCUCCCCUUCAUCAUCAGCCGUCCAAAGCCGGGUCUUACAGGCAGCUGCGAAGCACGAAUCUCAACCGUCCGAUAGUGAAGAGACCCAAGAUCCAUCCUGUGAAUCGACGACUCCUGCGGGUGAGAACUUGGACCUCUCUGAAGCGUAAUAUUUGGGAUUUUUCAUCGAGUUGGCGCUGAAAACUAAAAUAAGUAUUGAUUCUUCGAUAAGACCAUUGGCAUGCCUAAAUAAAAAGUAUCCUAGCUGAUUUGUACCUAUGAUGGUAUUUAAGAGCUUAGCUUUGUUCUUUAGAUUCAGAGCGUUUUCUUCUGGCAUUGUAAUCACAUCCUAAACUUUGAAUCUGAAGCAAUAACUUGUAUCAA